AUCUGGCACCAAAUUCCCGAAGAUCAGUGGGUGUUUACUGAGACUGGACUAUUUUUCAGAAGACAGGACUUCUGUCAAUAUUUGGUGAUUCUAAGGAGACAAAGAACUUGAAAGGCUGCUGGCCCAUCAUGUCCUCCAUUCUUGGGAAGAUGAAGAAGUUUGGCAGUUUUGACAUGGAGGAAUCUGAAGCGACAGAUGAACACACGGAUGGGGAGGACUCUGUCCAGGAGACCCCUGACAACCCCCAGGGCCCCCUCAGCUCCAGGGUGCAGCCACCCAAAAGCAACAUUUUUGCAAGACGGGGUCGCUUUGUGAUGGGGGAUAGUGACAAGGACAUGGCUCCCAUGGACUCCUUCUGCCAGAUGGAUCACCUGGUGGCACCUUCUGUCAUCAAAUUCCAUGUGAAUUUGGAGAGGGGCAAACUUCACAAGCUCCUCUCUACAGAUUCCAUCACAGGCUGCUCAGAAAAAGCUUUCAGAUUUUAUGACCGCAGAAGGAUCUUUGAUGCUGUAGCCCAAGGCAACACAAAGGACCUCAGUGACCUACUACUCUACCUUAAUAGAACCUUCAAGCAUCUCACAGAUGAGGAGUUCAAAGAGCCUGAAACUGGCAAAACGUGUUUACUGAAAGCCAUGCUGAAUCUACAUGAUGGGAAAAAUGAUACCAUUCCCUUGCUGCUGGAUAUUGCAAGGAAAACUGGAACUCUGAAAGAGUUUGUUAAUGCAGAAUAUACUGACAACUACUACAAGGGCCAGACUGCUCUUCACAUUGCCAUCGAGAGGAGGAACAUGUACCUGGUGAAACUCCUGGUCCAGAAUGGAGCAGAUGUUCAUGCCAGAGCCUGUGGGGAGUUCUUCAGGAAAAUCAAAGGGAAAUCUGGCUUUUAUUUUGGAGAGCUGCCUUUGUCCCUGGCUGCCUGCACCAACCAGCUCUGCAUUGUGAAAUUCCUCCUGGAGAAUCCCUACCAGGCAGCCAACAUCACUGCUGAGGACUCCAUGGGCAACAUGGUCCUGCACACACUGGUGGAGAUUGCAGAUAACACCAAGGAUAACACCAAGUUUGUAACCAAGAUGUAUAAUAACAUAUUGAUCCUUGGUGCCAAAAUUAAUCCCAUCCUCAAGCUGGAAGAACUCACCAACAAGAAAGGGCUGACUCCUUUAACUCUGGCAGCCAAAACAGGGAAGAUAGGGAUUUUCGCUUACAUCCUCAGACGGGAGAUCAAAGACCCUGAGUGCAGACACUUGUCCAGGAAGUUCACUGAAUGGGCCUAUGGACCUGUCCACUCCUCUCUUUAUGACCUGUCCUGUAUAGACACCUGUGAGAAAAAUUCAGUGCUUGAGAUCCUUGCCUACAGCAGUGAGACACCAAACCGUCACGAGAUGCUGCUGGUGGAACCCCUUAACAGGCUGCUGCAAGACAAGUGGGACCGCUUUGUCAAGCACUUGUUUUACUUCAACUUCUUUGUCUACACCAUGCACAUCACCAUCCUUACUGCAGCUGCUUACUACAGACCUGUACACAAGAAUGAAAAGCCUCCCUUCACCUUUGGUUACAGCACUGGGGAAUAUUUUCGAGUAACUGGAGAGAUCCUGAGUGUACUGGGAGGCCUCUAUUUUUUUUUCAGAGGGAUCCAGUAUUUCGUGCAGAGGCGCCCAUCACUCAGGACACUGAUAGUUGAUGGCUACAGUGAGGUUCUUUUCUUUGUCCACUCCCUGCUCCUGCUGAGCUCUGUGGUGCUGUACUUCUGUGGCCAGGAGCUCUACGUGGCUUCCAUGGUGUUCUCCUUGGCCCUGGGCUGGGCCAACAUGCUCUACUACACCCGGGGCUUCCAGCAGAUGGGAAUUUACUCCGUCAUGAUCGCCAAGAUGAUCCUUAGAGAUUUGUGUCGCUUCAUGUUUGUCUAUCUCGUAUUCCUCUUGGGAUUUUCUACAGCUGUGGUGACUUUGAUUGAAGAUGACAACGAGGGGCAGGAAACAAAUAUCUCUGACUAUGCCAGGUGCUGCCACGUGAAACGAGGCCGCACCUCCUACAACAGCCUCUACUACACCUGCCUGGAGCUCUUCAAGUUCACCAUUGGCAUGGGGGACCUGGAGUUCACAGAGAAUUACAGGUUCAAGUCUGUGUUUGUCAUCCUGCUGGUGCUCUAUGUCAUCCUCACCUACAUCCUCCUGCUCAACAUGCUCAUUGCACUCAUGGGGGAGACUGUCAACAAAAUUGCACAGGAGAGCAAGAGCAUCUGGAAACUCCAGAGAGCCAUCACAAUCCUGGACAUUGAGAACAGCUACUUGAACUGUCUGAGGCACUCGUUCCGCUCUGGGAAGCAAGUCCUGGUGGGGAUCACACCUGAUGGCCAAGAUGAUUACAGGUGGUGCUUCAGGGUUGAUGAAGUGAACUGGUCCACGUGGAACACUAAUCUGGGCAUCAUCAACGAAGACCCUGGGUACUCUGGGGACCUCAGACGAAAUCUCAGUUUCUCCAUUAAGCCUGGCAGAGUUUCAGGGAAGCACUGGAAAACAUUGGUUCCACUUCUAAAAGAUGGAGAGAAGAGGAGAGAAGAACCUCACAAGCCACCAGAAGAAGUCAAAUUAAAACCUGUUUUGGAACCUUAUUUUGAGCCAGAAGAUUCUGAGGAAUUGAAGGAGUCAAUUCCAAAGUCAGCCUAAUUUUGAUUGUCUGUGCUGGUCCUCACAAGCAGGACAAUAGAGCACUUCAUUUACAGGAACAGGGACUUCUGGAAAAAGGACUUAGGGAAUUACCAUGUGCAAGGAUUUAUUUAUUACACUAAGUGUGCUAAAUAAACUAUUUGUUGUUUAA